AUGCCUCACAUCAACGCCCCUCAUUUCCCUCCAGAAACUUCGGCUGCAACUAUUGUACCUGGGGACAUGCCUAAACCCUUUGACAAGAAAGCCACAGCUCCAAAAUCAGAACCAGAAGCUGAACCGCUGCCCUACUGGCUGGUUAAUGUUCCCCGAUCCCAGUGGCCGUCCGAAUGUCCAGAGUACCUUCGCAACCUGCCUCAAAAGUCAAUACAGUGUCUCUCUACGCCGGAUACGCAAUAUCAGCGGCAGAGCUGGGAGCUGGUGAAAACUAUAGUUGGCUCGAAUCAGAUACAUCUCCUGCAGCGUGCGCCCUCUGAUCUGAGGAGGUAUCUUGAAUUCAUUGCCAAAGUCAAAGCUAUAUAUGGCUCUGUGUUGAGUUUUGUGGUUCAGAAGCGACUGGGAUGGGACGGUGACUUGGAACCAAGGGGCCAAAGACCGUUUGAACAUCCUGAUGACUUCAAAAUCCUCUACAAUGACUGGCCAUACGGAGUGGAAGAGGACAUCAUCCACCUCGUCGUCUGGACCAAGUUUGAGCUUGAGGAUGAUCCAGCUACAGAUGACUUGACUCCGCGUAUGAGAAGGGAGAUCGAUGCGUUUGUCGAAAGAAUCUUUCGCUCCAAAAUGCCUGCCGAGAAGGUCAUCUGGUUCAAAAACUGGAAGUCUCUCAAGUCCAUCCAUGGGAUUGAGCACUUCCAUGUCAUGCUAUACCAACCUGACCCUGUGGUUCUUCACGAUAUCACGCAUGGUGAUGUCCCCGUUAUUGAAGUGCGAUGA